AAGGCCUCCAGCGAGUGCAAUGACCAAAACAUUUGGAACUGACCCCGGUCCUGUCAAACCAUCUGUGCUCAUAAAUUAGCCUUCUCCAGAUGCGGUUAAGUCAAAACAUUAAUAUUUGGAUUGCGUACAGAAUGAUGCAUUACUUUACAUUGUGAUCUGGAAUCAUUUCCAAACAGCUGCCUGUUUCUUAAGGUGCACCACUUAUCCGCACUGGGGAAGCAGCAGAGUCUUUCUAAAAGCCGACCUUAACAUAUCCCAGUGCGACCAAACUCCUCAGACCUGCAAAUUACACAUCAGUUCUGGAUGUGGAUUUGAAACAUAUGGUUAGUCAACGAUCUGAAAGCCAGACAUCUGUGUUGGAGUAACGAGGAGCAGAGCUGCUCUCUCCCCCUCUCUCGCUCCGGGUUUGUUGAGCUCGGAGACUUUGACCCUGUAGUACCGGGAUAGGGUUGGUUCAGAGUCGGACUCUCCAGCUUCUCUCCCAGGCAUGAUGACUCCGGGACCAGUUCUCUUGUUGCUGGCUCUGGCCCUCGUGGCCACUGUGGCCGGACAGGACUAUGACAACCGCAUGGAGAGCCACAUCGACCGCUCGAUACCCUGGAUCCACACCUUCCGCCAGGGGUUCAACUUCCAGUGCCCCCAGGGAGAGGUGCUGGUGGCCCUCCAGAGUGUCUUCAGCGAGAAGGAGGGGUCGGAUCGCCUCUGGGCCUUCGAGUGCCAGCCAACCCCUACCACACUGGGGCAUCCGUCGGAGUGCUGGUGGGAUGACACUAACCGUGCAGGCAUGGAAUGGUCUUCAACGUGCGGUAAUAACGGUCUGGUGGCGGGUGUCAUGAGCAAAUACUUUGAGUCUGUUCUCGACCGUGAGUGGUCAUUCUACUGCUGCCGCUACAGCCGCCGAUGCCCAUACUCCUGUUGGAAAUCCCUGGAGGUUCCUGAGCAGUACCGGGAGGAGGGAGAGUUUGUCAUCCCCAGCUAUGGAUACUUCAUAAGAGGAGCCCAGACCACCUUUGACGGAGUGCUCAGAGAUCGGCAGUGGAAGUACAUUGUGUGUAGGAUGACUGAUUUUGACUGUGAAUUUGAGAAUUUAUAAAUGUUUCUGAAGCCCAGCGGCGUCUCUCAGUUCAACAAGUACAACACAAUCCCACCCUCACCACACCACACAGCACAUUCCUGUUAAUGUCGGGGUCUGUCAUACUUUGCAUUCAUUGUGAAAAUGUAACUAUGCAUAAAUCUUCAUUCUAACUAGCUGAUAUUUGUUUUUGAUAAGUUACAUGUUUGAGAUGAAAAGACGUUUCAAGAAAGUCCUGUAUCAUGAUAUCUCAUUAUAUAGCACAACAUAUAAUUAGACUACAUGUCAUAAUAUCUCAAUGUAUAGCACUUACCUUUAAACAUGUAAGAUCAUGUUAAUCAGUGUAUAAAGUGACUGGCGUGACUGGUG